AUGCUUGUGAAAAUCGCCCACAUGUAUCCUGACGUUGACAAUCUGAGGUGCAAAGACCUAACUUUAACUAUGGAAUGCAUUAUUCCGAGACGUCCUAAGCGUAAUUUACCAACGCUUCCUGAAGAUAAAGAGUACACAAUCGAGUUUAAAACCAAACUGGUCGGCAAAAAACGCCGGCAAAGACGACAGCUCAGACUGCCGGUGUUACAAGAAAGUGAUGAGCAU